AUGGCCCUGUACCGCCAAACCGUGGAUUUCCUGUCCGAUUCCCUGGCCAACCCACGGUCCCAGCUUCCCCUGCUGGCCGUGACGGGCGCCUCCUUCACCCUCGGCCUGCUAAUUCGGUCACUCUUUUCGCCAACAGACCCCCGCGCGUCGAUUCUUCUCUCACCGCGCGCAUCUCUCCUUCCAUCACUAUCCGACGCGGAGAGCCGCAAACUCCCUCUCCCGAACGAUGUACUGCCUGGGGCGCGCGACGUCGUGAGCCCGUACGGCUCGAUCAGAGUGUAUGAAUGGGGUCCCGAGGACGGCCCGAAAGUCUUGCUGGUGCAUGGUAUUACCACGCCUUGUAUCGCCCUUGGCGGCUUAGCCCAUGCGCUGGUGGACCGAGGCUGCCGGGUGAUGCUCUUCGACCUGUUUGGAAGAGGGUACUCAGAUUGCCCGGCUGAUCUACCUCAGGACGAACGCCUCUUCUCUACACAAAUCCUGCUUGCCCUGACUUCGUCACCACUCGCCUGGACGGGUGUGGAGUCCGGCAAGUUCUGCCUGGUCGGAUAUUCUCUGGGUGGUGGCAUUGCCACAGCCUUCGCGUCGUUCUUCCCACAGCUGCUGUCGACGCUGGUCCUUCUGGCACCCUCUGGACUGGUUCGAGACUCCCAGAUUAGUUUCAAGUCACACCUUCUUUACUCGCGUGGUUUGAUGCCCGAGUUUCUGCUGAGCUUUAUGGUUGCCCGUCGCCUGCGGGCUGGUCCCUUGGUGUCUCCGAAGCCCAAGAGCGAAAAGCUGAAUGCUGCGGACGCCCUGACCGAGGAGCUUCCGUCGCAAAGUGCUGCCGCUGUACAGAUUCUGUCGCGAGAGUACCCACAUAUCAAUGUGCCUUCGGCGGUAACAUGGCAGGUGAAUCACCACGCUGGCUUUGUUCACGCAUUCAUGUCCAGUAUGCGGCACGGCCCGAUCCUGGCCCAGCGCCAGCGGAAUACAUGGACGCGUCUUGGGAAUUACCUGACCGUGAAAAACAGCUCCACUACAGACGGCCAACCUGCUCACAAGGUCCACAUUCUGUGUGGCAUCAAUGAUGCAAUCAUCAUUAAGGAUGAACUUGUGCCGGAUGCCACGGCUGCCUUGGGUGGAAAUGCUGUUUUCAAGUUCUACGAGGCAGGGCAUGAGUUCCCCAGCACCAAAUAUGAGGAGGUGGCGACGUAUAUUUCGGAGUUGCUGUGA